AUGGCUGACCGUGACGCCGCCCCCCCAGCCACUUUCCUUGCCAUUCUGUCCCCAGCUAAGGCACUGGCCCCGGUGGCGGUGUGCUGUGGGAGCGCCCCCCGGACCAGCUUCGGGCCCCGAGUGCUCCCAGGCGGGGGCCGCGACUCCGGGCUGCAGGCUGAUGGAGAAGCUUCCCUCCAGGCAACGUCCAGCAUCCUCCUGGAGAAGCCGUCACCGCUCUUGAGUGGAGACAGCGGCCCUGGCAGCCUCAGGCUGGAUGCCCCCCUGCAAGGCUGGCAGGCCAGGAAUGAUGCCCCUAGACCCCUCGGGGCCUUGUCUCAGGGGUCCCACUCCCUGCUGCCCCCACCCUCGAUGGAGUCAGAGGCCAGCAGUGUGGCCCGGGACACCACCCAGAUCAAGGACAAGCUCAAGAAAAGGAGGCUCUCAGAGGGCUUGGCAGCCUCUACCCAAGCCUCUCUGGAUCCUGGGGGAGGCCCCAAAGGCAUUCCCCUGAGGGGUGCCUUUCCCCGGGCCACCUCUAAGAGGCUGCUGAGGGUACCCAGGCCGAUGCCUCCCAUCCAGAGCAUCCCGACAACACCCGAGACCAGCGGAACCAAGGAGAGGAGCCCGGACCAGCCUGGGAGCAGCCAGGGGCCCCAGGAGAGGAGAUCCGGUGCCCAGGAGGUGCGGAUCUCCCGGCAGUACCUGCACUGCAGUGACCGGAAGAUGCACAAGUCACUGGGCGGCAUUGUGAUCCCACCCAUCCCAAAGGCGGGGGUGCCCACGGGGACCUCCUCCGGCACGCCUGGCUCCCUUCCCAGCCUCUUGCUUCCAGGCCGGGACGUCCUCAAGGGUCCGAGGGCUCCCCCCGCACGAUUGGUUCGGGAGAGUGGGCCUCGGGAGAAGACCCCUAAAUCUCUGGCGCCAAAACCUUCGGCCCCGCCCACCAGAGACAGGUCUGCGGCCCCUGUGAAGCCGGCCCUGCCUUCACCCCAGUCGGCUCCCUCAGACACAGCCUUCUCCUCCGGCCACGCCAACGAAGCCCACCCCUUGCUAAAGGAGGAGGACCAGAAGGAGAGCAGCACCAAGUUUGCCUUGACCUUGUGUCACAUCCAGGUCGCCAUCUCCAAGUCCGCCCAGGAGAAGAUGCGGUUAAAGCAGGUGAAGGAGAUGGAGUUGUCCCAGAGGGUGCAGGAGCCGGAGCGGGAGCAGGAGCUCCUGUCGCAGAGCCUGGGUGCCCGCAGAACUGUGACGAAGGAAGGCCUGCUACCCCUCCGGAGCAGGGGGACCCUGUCUGUGCCCGUAGGGAUAAGCAGCCCACGCAGAAACAACAUCGGUGGCAACCCGAGGAAGCGAGCCAACCGGGCCUCCCUGCCCAGCAUCCCAGUCAGCAGGCAGGAGCCCCGCUUCGCCCGCCACGCUUCAGCUAACUCGCUACCUGCGGUGCUCACUUUGGGGUCCCCCGAGUGGGAAGAAGACGACGACGAGAUGGAUCCUUGGGGCUUUAAGGAGUUGAGGCCUUUCUCGAACCCGGAGCUGGGGUUGAUGGAUGCCCUCCAGUGUCUCGACAGCAGUGACUGGUACGUGAAAGAGAAGGGCCUGCUGAGCAUCCGGCGCCUGGCAGCCUGCCACUCGGAGGUCCUCGCUGGGAGGCUGCACGAAGUGUCCUUGGCCGUGACUGGGGAGGUCACCAACCUCCGCUCCAAGGUGUCCCGCUUGGCCAUCAGCACCCUGGGAGAUCUCUUCCGGUCCUUGAAGAAGAAUAUGGACCAGGAGGCUGAAGAGAUUGCCCGCUGUCUGCUGCAGAAGAUGGGGAACACCAGCGAGUUCAUCCAGAGAGCGGCCAACCGGUCCCUGGCAGCCAUGGUGGAGCAUGUGACCCCUGCCCGAACCCUGGCGGCCCUCACCUCAGCGGGCAUCUACCACAGAAACCCCUUAGUCCGGAAAUGCACUGCGGAGCACCUCUCGGCUGUCCUGGAGCAGAUUGGCGCCGAGAAGCUUCUCUCGGGCACCAGGGACAGUACGGACAUGCUGGUGCGCAACCUGGUGAGACUAGCCCAGGACUCCAACCAGGACACCAGGUUUUACGGCCGGAAGAUGGUGAAUACCUUGAUGUCGAACACGAAGUUUGAUGCAUUUCUGAAGCAGUCCCUCCCGUCCCACGAUUUGCGGAAAGUCAUGGCGGCCAUUAAACAGCAGGGACUAGACGACAGCGAUGAACUGCCAUCUGCCAGAGGCCACAAGGUGUCGAGGAGCCUGGUGGUGCGUGAGAACGGACUGCCUGGUGAGGACGGGCUUGGCUCCAAAGGCCCGAGGCUGGCGGGGCUGCGCUCUUCCAAGUGGGGUGGCUCGGAGGUGGCGGAGCAGCUGCGAGAGCUGACGCGGCUGCUGGAGGCCAAGGACUACCAGUCUCGGAGGGAAGGCGUGGGGCAGCUGCUUGAGCACUGCCAGGCCAAGCCAGAACUCAUCACCGCCAACCUGGUCCAGGUCUUUGAUGCUUUCACCCCAAGGCUUCAGGAUUCCAACAAGAAAGUGAACCAGUGGGCGCUGGAGUCCCUCGCCAAGAUGGCCCCCCUCCUCAGGGAGCGCUUGCUCCCCAUGCUGCUCUCCAUCAUUGUCGCCGUCGCGGACAACCUCAACUCCAGGAACUCGGGGAUUUAUGCUGCCGCUGUGACUGCCCUGGAUGCCAUGAUUGAGAGUCUGGACAACAUUUGCCUCCUGCCAGUGUUUGCUGGGCGAGUGCGUUUCCUGAGUGGCCGCGCAGUGCUCGACGUCACAGACCGCCUGUCAGUGCUGGUGGCCUCGGUGUACCCCCGAAAGCCCCAGGCCGUGGAGCGCCACGUCCUUCCAGUCCUCUGGUACUUCCUGAACAACAUGGCGGGGAACGGCGUCCUGCCUGGGCACGGCGGGAACAUCCGCACGGCGGUGUGCCGGCUGUCCCGGUGCCUCCAGGAGCACAUGGGCUCCCGGCUGCAGGACGCGGCUGCCGGGCAGCCAGAGCAAGUCCUCAAAACGCUCCAGGAACUCUUAGACACGGAAUCCCGGUGAGGCAGCGCCAAGGUCUCCGUCAAGAGGGAUGGCAGCCACGGUGAGGCCUCUGGCAGCUCAUGCCCCUCUGGCAGCUCACGCCCCUUUCGGCUGGAUUGGAGUCAGAUCUGAAAUGGACAAUCGUCAUUUUUUAUCUUAUUUUAUUUUUAUGAUGGCCUCAUCUCCUGGGCUACUUUUCCUUAGCGUUCCAGAUGUAUAUAGUAUAUUUUGAAGUAGAAAUAAA